CACCCCCACCCAAAGCAGAUCCCGGCCCUUGCCGGGCUCAUCCCACGCUGGCUGGCCGCUCCUCUCGGCGCCGAGCGUGCUGGCGCAGGCUUGCCUUUGCUGAGCAGGAUUUAAAUACCGCGACGCGCUUUAGAGCUCACCCCACCUCCGAGAGAGAGACAGAAAUAUGAGCAGAAAGUGCAGUGGAGGGAUUUGAGACUGGAAACAGGAGUGCCGGCGAUGAGCUCGAAGGCCCGGAACUCCCAGUGUUUGGAAUUACGACUCUGACAACGGAGUAAUCACCCCUGGGACUGAACCAGAGCUGUCGGACACCACUGAGGUCAUUGGACACCUCUUUACAGGGCUCCCAGCAAACCACUGGUAGCAGCAGCAAGAUCUCAACCCCCAGGAAUGAGAAACCUCCAGCUGUGAAGACCCCAGCCUUGGGCUUCAUGUUGCACUGAGCCUCUGCCCUCGCCCUGGCAGGCCCUGCCCACCAUGGCUUUGUGUCUCAAGCAAGUCUUCAACAAAGACAAAACGUUUCGUCCCCGAAAAAAGUUCGAGCCUGGCACCCAACGCUUUGAGCUGUACAAGAAAGCCCAGGCCUCCCUCAAGUCCGGGCUGGACCUGAAAGCAGUGGUGCAGCUGCCUCCUGGCGAGAGCAUCAAUGACUGGAUCGCUGUGCACGUGGUGGACUUCUUCAACCGCAUCAACCUCAUCUACGGCACCAUGUCGGAGUACUGCACAGAGAGGAGCUGCCCCAUCAUGUCUGGGGGGCUCAAGUACGAGUACAGGUGGCAGGACGAUAGCAAAUACAAGAAGCCAACCAAGCUAUCGGCUCCGCAGUACAUGUGCAUGCUGAUGGACUGGAUCGAGAUGCUCAUCAACAACGAGGACAUCUUCCCCACCAGGAUAGGUGUUCCCUUCCCCAAGCAAUUCCAGCAAGUUUGCACCAAGAUCCUCACCCGCCUCUUCCGUGUCUUUGUCCAUGUCUAUAUCCACCACUUUGACAGCAUCAUCAACAUGGGUGCUGAGGCUCAUGUCAACACCUGCUACAAGCACUUUUACUACUUCAUCAGGGAGUUCAGCCUCAUUGACCACCGGGAGCUGGAGCCUUUGAAAGAAAUGACAGAACGAAUUUGCCACUGAAGUAUUCUGGCAGGCGAACUCGGCUGGCUCAUUCCGAGUCCAACGGGACAGGACACCCUGUGGUGGGAGACCCACUCCCAAGGACUUGCUCUGGGCAUUCCAAAUCAAUGAACUAUGAACACUGCAGAAGAGCCUCUUCAGGCCAGGGCCAAAUCCUAAGUUUUCCAAGAACCUCUGGACAGGCUUUUCCUUUAAUAGAUCCCAGUCUCUGUUGCAUGGUUCCUGGUUCGGAAAGCCGCUGACUUCCUGGAGAAGGAGGCACGUUUGGUUCACUUUUGCACACUCUGGUUUCUAAGACUCAAUCCCAUGUCCAAUAUCAAACUUUCAGCGACGUUUCCUCUUGUUUUGCCCUCCGCUACAUCAAUCACCAAAUAUUAAAGUAGCAACUCCUGCCCUGUGAGCAGGUGUAACCUUGGCUACCACAUAAUGCCUUGUUACCUUUCCCACAUGCAGUGGGUUUGUGAUGACACCUGAGAUCAGCCCUGCAGAGCUGGUGACAUUUCAUCCCAGCUGCCUUCACGUGGUUAGUUGUCGAUGUACUGUUUUUAACCAUGAGCUGUGAAUGUCUCUCCUUCUGCCCUAAUUCAUGCUUUACCAUUUUUCCUUUCAAGGGAUUUUUCAUAUUUGGAAGAGGGGACUUCAUGAUGUUCUAGGAUGCAUCCAACAUUGCUUGGACUAAUGGCUGGGUAGCUCCAUGACCGAGGAGGUGAAUGAGGUCACUUUUCAGUGUGAUCAGCACAGUUUACAUGAGAAAGUCUCAGAAAAUGGUGGAAAGAAACUAUUGCCAGAAAACAACAUUUUCAACACGUCAGCAUUUCCUGAUAUGUUGUCUUGGCUCAAGAUCAGCAGAUGCUGGCUGUUGAAAUUGUUGCUUUUCCAUUAUCCAACCUUACAGCAGGUGGAGAAGGACUUUAAGAAACAUCUCAUCUACUCUGUUCUUGAGGCCCCCUUCCAAACCAAUAUUAUCCUGUGAUUCUUAAACCUCUUUGACCUUCUGAAAGCAUACCAUUGCUACCUAGUCUGUGCCAUUACUGCCCUGAAAAGUAUGUGUCAAAAUUUCUUCCCCUUCUGCUUGCAGUGCCUGAUAACUAAUGUUGUGUUCCCUGUGCCAUUUCUCUUUUGACAAAAGUAGCUUUAUUUUUCUUUUUUACUGUUUUGGGGAAGUUAAAAUCAAUUUGUCUGAGCCACAGAAUUGUUACAUUUGUGUUUCCUGCUCUUUUUUUGGGAAAGUUUUGUAUCCAAAAUACACAGAUGAUAUUUAUAACCUGGGGUUUGCCCAUUUUUGGGGGAGGGAGGGGACAUGCCUAGAAAAUGUAAAUAUUUAGGCCAACAUUACAGUGCACAAGUGAAUUUUUAGUGCUCAAAGCAUUUACUUUUUUGUGAAAAUCUAUUUUUUUUAAAUCUUGUGUACCAGAGGUAUAUUUUUACAUAGAAAUAAAACAGAUCAAAAUGGACAUGAAACCAUCUGAUACACCAUUCCAAUAUUUUCUGUGUAAAAUAAUCAAAGUCCAAACAUAUUUGUUCUGUUAUUAAUUAAAGAAACGUUAAUAAGCCUGGCAUAUUUCAUAUUUCUUCUCUGAUUCAUCUGCAGUAAGACAGGCAUCAUGAAAAAGCACCCAGGAUAACCUGAAGAGUGGUUUUCCCCUGAGAGUUGCAGCACUGAUGGAUCUCAAUGCCGUGCUGAGACCUCAGUUUACAACUCAGGAAGCAGCUUGGCAGAGGCCAGUGUUGCUGGUCAGCAUCCUCCCCUUGCAGACUUUUCACCAGAAUCCCACCUGAAGGUAUUUUUCCAGGGAUACUUGGUGGUGAGUUUUACUCACUACUUUUGGCAAAGGUGUGUGGGUCCUGGGAUCCGUGUUCCUGCCUCUUCAUAUAAAUCAGAACCAUGGGCACAAAUUGCUCGUGGAGCAGAGGCAAGAGACAACAACAGCUCUGUUGGGAAGUUCUGCCUUCUUGAGGAGGGAGGCCUGUCUGUUCUCAAAGCACAGCACCCUCUGGGAGCUGAUAAGGUUGGGAAUUAUGGAGAAGCUGCCUCAGCAGUGGGGUCUGAGGGAUGAACUGAUAGCAGCCUACAACUACUUCAAGGUGAGGUACAAAGAUGACAAAGUCAAUCUCUUCUCAACAGUGGAAGAUGGUGAUACAGUGAGCAACAGCCACAGUUUGUAGCUUGGGAGAUUCAAAUUGGACAGUGGAAAACAAAAUCCACGGGAAUAGUGCUGUCAGUGAACAGUUACCCAGAGAGAAAGCAUUAACCUUCCUUGGUUAAAGAAGACUUGGUGUAAAUAAUUUCCAUAAAUAAAUAAAGCACAGAAGCCUGC